UUUAAACUAUUCAAACAGAGCUUUAAAAUGAGAAUGAAAACCGUUGCUAUUUCUCCUGAAUAAACAAAGAUGUGGAAGAUGUAACUAAAGAACAGUGUUGUUGUGAUGAUGGAUGCAUCGACCUUUGAAACCCUAACCCCUUCUCGCUUCAUCACAUUCACUCUACCCAAUCCCAAUCCAACUUCUUCACAUUCAAACUCACUCAUCCGAGUCGCUGUUCUCGACUCACCACUCAACUCAUCAUCACCACCACACGUUGCUUCCAUGUUAGUUCCUGAAGGCCGUGAAUCUGAUUGGAUCUUCUCUACCCAAUCAGGUCAUCUUCAACUUCUCUUCUCUUCUCCACACCCAAUUUCCCGUUUCAUUCUCAUUGGUCUAAACCCUCAUUCUUCUAAACAUAUUUACCAUCGUCCAUUCAAUUCUUCAUUGCUUCAUCAACAAUUUCACAUUUGGUCUAAACCUCUUCUUCUUGCUUUGUCUCCUAAAUCUUUUUUUUCAAAUGGCGCCUUACCUGAUAUACCCAUUUUGAGUUAUGAAGAUAAUUUAAUUUCUAGUCUAGUUAUAAAUCAAUGUCUUAGUUCUCAUGUUGGUCAAAUGUUAGUUGAAGAUGUCGAAAUCGAAACUCAGAAUGAUUCAAGAGAAUUUCGAAGGCGGUUGAGGUUUAAGAGGAUGCCUAAUUUGAUUCAAACAGAGGUUCUUAUUGUUCCAGAGACCGAUUCUGGUUUGAAUAAUGUAUGUAUUGGUGAUACAAAGUUUAUACCCGAUCUUCAGGUUUUGGUUCAUCCUUACUUAGGACCUAUGGUGGCUAGUCUUUCAUUGAUAAGUGAUUAUAUAGAUGGAAGAAUUCGAAAUGGGUUUAGACCGAAAGCUUUAUGCCUUGGGGUUGGAGGUGGGGCUUUGUUAACUUUUCUGGCAAUUCAGUUGGGUUUUGAGGUCGUCGGUGUUGAUAGUGAUAACGAGGUUUUGAAGGUGGCAAAAAACUACUUUGGAUUGGAAGACUCUGAAUUUAUUCGUAUUAUUGUUGCAGAUGCUGUUAAAUAUAUGAAGAAACUUGCUGACCGUGGAAAACAAUGCAGUAAGAGUUCUUUUAAUGAUUCCGAGCCUGAUGGUUUUGGCCACAUGGUGAACGGUGAGGAGGUCACUCGUCAUAAGUUUGAUGCUGUUAUGGUCGAUUUGGAUUCUAGCGAUAUAAGAGAUGGUAUAAGUUCUCCACCUUUGGAAUUUGUUAGAAAGCAGGUUCUUCUUGCUGCUAAAUUAGUUCUUUCUGAAUUUGGAAUUCUUGCUAUCAAUGUCAUUUCUCCAAGUCAGUCCUUCUAUGACAACAUAUUAAAUCUUUUUCAGAAAUUUUUUCAUGAUCUUUACAAGAUAGAUGUGGGGAAUGGUGAAAAUUUCAUUCUAAUUGCGACAGUAUCACCUCAGGUGUUUUCUGUUGGGGACUGCAGCAACCCUUUUCUUCUGCGACUGAAAUCAGUUAUUCCUGAAACAUACAUAAAUUCCAUAAGGAAGAUAUAAUGUCUCACUUGUUGAAGAAACCUAAUUGAUGAUGUAUUAGUAGUAGUUUUGAUACCAUGAUGCAAGAUGAAGAAUCUUUCUCUCAUGCAUCAUUGCUCUUCUGUAGAGAUGCUGUUUUAAGUCAAUUGACCAUACACUGUAAUUACAAUAUUAUCAAUAAAAGCAGCACCUUUAUUAAAUCCA